CAUCUGAUGAGUCAUGUCAUAUGGUUACCAAUUUGGCGUUAGGAUAUUCAGUGGUAAAGAUGAGUGUAGAAGUCGAAUAGUGUCAAUUUUGCGGGUAUCGAAUGUUGUGUUUAGCGUUGGGGUUGUUCUGUGCUGUUCAGUAUGAGAUACACACUCGAACAAAGAAUAUUCAUGUACGAAGAGUACAUAAAACACAAAUCUUUCGUGGAAUGUUGCGUUGGUUUUAUACAAAAGUACCCUGGUGUCAGGCUCCCCAGAAAGUCAGUGGUUCGAAAGUUAGUGACAAAAUUCCGUAAAACAGGCUCCUUGUUGGAUGAAACGGAAGAGAUUGACAAAAGGCAGAAGACAAUCCUUGCACAAAAUAAACUACAAACCUCUCAGAAGACUUCACGUCCUGUUUCUAGGCAGCGUAGAUUAGGUGGACCAGUUACCAGAGCCAUAACGCGAGAUAUGAAGGUGUCUGGGGGUGACACCCCACUCAGUUGCAGAGAAGCAUCCCAGGAAGCUGACCCUUUUGCGUUUGUGGGACUCAAAUGUGAAGUUGCGGAUGGCAUCAUCAAUUUGGAGAGUGAUUCAGACAGCGAUAUGCAGGAUCCCUGUGUUGAGUCUCAAAUGAUAUCUGUGAAAGAGGAGCCGCCAGACAUGAGCAGCUGUGAGUCAUCUGACAGUGAUUUUAAAGAGGAAGAUGAGAGUGACAUGUGUGAGAUGGAAGGAAAGAGCAUUUCAGACAGCGAUGUAAAGGAACACUGUGAUGGGAAUCGACUGAUACAUGUGAAAGAGGAGCCGCCCAAUGCAACCAGCAGUGCUUCUUCAGCUGAUGAAGUGGUGCAGAAGCGAUUCACAUAUGACACUGUUAAACAGGAAAUUCCGGAUGAUGCAUAUGUCAGCGGGGUACAGAGUGACUUAGGUGCCACACAACAGUGCCACCGUGACACUCUGCAGCUGCCAGUUACUACAAGUAGUUCCCCAAUUUUUGAGAGCAGAGCAGAGCAGGUGCAAGUCUUGUUCACAUCUGUAAAAGUUAAAUGUGAAGUUAAGGAUGAAAUAGAAGCUAAGGAAGGCCCCAGAUGAAUCAGCAGUUCAGCAUGGAAUACAAUUUGAGGAUGAAUGUAGAUUCAGCAUGUCAGAAAACAGAAUGGUAUGUCCAACACUUCCACCUGCAGUUGCCUGUCAACAUGUGACUGCAGUUUCUCAGUUGCCAUUCAUAUCAUUCACUGUGGAAUACAGUUGUAUGCAGUAGUAGCAGCUGCACAGUGCGCUUCUGUGGAGAAAUUUGACGCUGUCUGUUGACAGUGACUUGAAAUGAGAAGCACAAUUUUAUCCAAAGGAUAUAGGAACUUUUGGAGUAUGGGUUUCUGGAUUAUUAGUAUUGACCCUGAAGAUGGAGGGGGUAUAUUAGUGUGAAACAUUGGUACUCGCCUACUGGUGUACGUAGUGUCAUAGCCAAUAUCAUACCACAGUCUAUGUCUGCAGAACUGUCAAAACCAGAAAUCAGACAUGAGAACUAGUUGCAGUAAUUGUGCGCAGCAGAAGGUUUUGAUUCCAGCUGACAGCCAGUUGCACCGAGUGUGUGGCAGUAAGUUUUGAUUCCAGUUGCACUGUGUGUGUGGCAGUAAGUUUUGAUUCCAGCAAACAGCCAGUUGCACUGUGUGUGCGGCAGAAAGUUUUGAUUGGAGCCGACAACCAGUUGCACUGUGUGUGCAGCAGAAGGUUUUGAUUCCAGCUGACAGCCAGUUGCACCGAGUGUGUGGCAGUAAGUUUUGAUUCCAGCCAACAGCCAGUUGCACUGUGUGUCCGGCAGAAAGUUUUGAUUCCAGCCAACAACCAGUUGCACUGUGUGUGCAGCAGAAGGUUUUGAUUCCAGCUGACAGCCAGUUGCACCAAGUGUGUGGCAGUAAGUUUUGAUUCCAGCCAACAGCCAGUUGCACUGUGUGUGCGGCAGAAAGUUUUGAUUCCAGCCGACAGCCAGUUGCACUGUGGUGUGACAUGUUUGCUAUACCCUUGUGCCAGUCAGAGGACCUGUCUGUGAGAUUUGAGGUUCUCACUGUGAAUGUGAAGGUUAGUGCCUUCUGGGAGAUGAUGCUCUGCAAUCCAGUAGUAAAGUUCCACGCCUCUACCCUGAAAAUGGAGACAGCAGGUUCCUGCAAAGCACUGGCACCUCUCUGCUUGAGAACAUAGCAUCAUAUCCCAGAAGACGGUAAUCUUCAAAAAUUUUCUGUCAGCAGCUCUCUCUUCUUGUUCUACUGUUCAAGCUUUCAGUCAUCAUGUCACAAUGUGUUCAAGGGUGUCCUCUUUUUUUACACAUAGCAAUGUGAAAUUAACCAUAAGUUAUUUUCCUCAUCACAGAUAUGUUUCUUACAUGAAUUGUUAUACAGUAUUUUAAUUUUCAGUUAUGCAUUUUGCUGCAGUGAUAAAUAAAUUAUUGGAAGGAGAUAUGUCCAGACUCAUUCUUACAAGUAGUUCCUAAAAGUAUCAAAUCCAACUCAACAUACUGGUGCAAGAGAGGCUGAGAGAGAAGAAUGUUUGUGUUCGGAGAAUAUCUUCACACGUUUGCUGCACAAUUGAACAUAAAGGACACUUGGAAUUUAAUUUAAACAUUGAAAGUGUGAGGUUAUCAUUUUAGAAUGGUUUCUGCUAUUGGAAGUUCAAUAUUUACACUACAGAUGUUUCUGUGAAUAACAGAUUUCACAUGAUGUCCAUUGUCUCUGUGAAUAACAGAUUUCAUAUGAUCUCCAUGUAGGAUAGUUGUUAUGGGAUUUGUGAUCGAAAAAGUGACAUUAUGGAAGGACUUUCUUCAAGCCAUUUGAUUUUUUCCUGACAGUUAUCAUUCCAGCAAUGCUGCGUAGUCAUCUGUCAUCAGAGGCUGGCACAAUAGGUUCUGUACCAAGGUACUCUAUGUCAAUACUCUGUGCCGAGAUGCAUUUGUAUAGUAUGUUCAAGCCCAAAACCUGCAGAAGUAGUGAACAUAAGGAACCAGUAACAAUGUCAUAUGUUUCUGACAUUACAAUGCUGCUGAUGCAGAAUAACUGAAAGGCUGUAUUUAUGUCAGAGAAAAACUACCUCGUAGUAUAGUGCAGAAAACAUUUAUUGGAUUCUGUUUUUUUUAUAAUUUAAUUUCUUACUGAGUGACAACUUGUGUGACUUUAAACCCAUUUUCUUUCUGCCGUGGUUUGUUCAGCAGUUUCAGCACUGACAGAGCUAUGUACAUAGAUGUAUGAGUAACAUGUGUUUAAUUGAAACUAAUUGUUGACAUAAAAAUAAUUUUUUGCUGCAUUAGCUCCUGGUUUUUUACUGUAUUGUGCAAUGAGCACUUGUUUUAGCCAUUUGUAUCAUGACUUACAAAAAUUUAAGAUACUUAUUUCAGCUCAUCUUAUCUUUCCUAACACUUCAAGCUGUCUUGUUGCCUUGCUCUUUCUGUUGUGUUCUUCCUGUCUUACACUCAUUCAGGUUUCCAUAAUACAAGUAUUUUUAAUUAUAUUCAGUUACUGAUAUCCUUAGAUUGGCCCUUUGAAAUAAAUUUCAUCAAAAUAAUA